AUGCUUCCGUUGACUGGGAAAACAAUAAUAUUUGAUAGCUUUCCUGAUCCUUCAGAUACCUGGGAAAUAAUUGAGACUAUUGGCAAAGGAACUUAUGGAAAAGUUUUCAAGGUGUUAAAUAAGAAAAAUGGCAGCAAAGCAGCAGUCAAAAUUUUGGAUCCUGUUCAUGAUAUUGAUGAAGAAAUUGAAGCUGAGUACAACAUUUUGAAAGCUCUCUCUGAUCAUCCCAAUGUAGUCAAAUUCUACGGCAUGUACUAUAAGAAAGAUGUGAAAAAUGGAGACCAGCUUUGGCUAGUUCUUGAGCUGUGCAAUGGUGGAUCUGUGACUGAUCUUGUGAAAGGAUUUCUGAAGAGAGGUGAAAGGAUGAAUGAACUUAUAAUUGCUUACAUUUUACGUGAAGCUCUGAUGGGACUUCAGCACUUGCAUGAAAACAAAACUAUCCACCGUGAUAUUAAGGGAAAUAAUAUCCUUUUGACCACUGAAGGAGGAGUCAAGCUUGUGGAUUUUGGUGUGUCUGCUCAGCUGACCAGCACUCGUCUCCGGCGGAAUACCUCCGUGGGCACCCCAUUCUGGAUGGCACCAGAGGUGAUUGCCUGUGAGCAGCAGCUAGAUAGCUCCUAUGAUGCCAGAUGUGAUGCAUGGUCACUGGGUAUUACUGCAAUAGAGUUGGGAGAUGGAGAUCCACCCCUUGCUGAUUUGCACCCCAUGAGGGCACUCUUCAAAAUACCAAGGAAUCCUCCUCCAACCCUACAGCAGCCUGAAUUGUGGUCACCUGAAUUCAAUGACUUCAUUAACAAGUGCUUGACUAAAGAUUAUGAGAAGCGUCCAACAGUAUCUACUCUUUUGCAGCAUGAUUUUAUUAAGCAAAUUGAAGGAAAAGAGAACGUGCUACAAAGGCAGCUCAUGGAAUUUAUUGAUGUUCAUCAACAAAUGGGAGUCACUGAAAAGGCAAGAUUUGAACGUAUUCACACAAAAAAAGGGAACUACAGUAAGUCACUAGUUUCAAACCAAGAAGAGGUAGAUGAUUUAGCAACCUUAGAGGUACUGGAUGAGAAUACAGUAACGGAGCAGCUGCAGAAGGGUUAUGCCAAGGACCAGAUCUACACAUAUGUUGGGGACAUUCUGAUUGCUGUCAAUCCAUUUCGGAACAUAGAUAUUUAUUCUUCACAGCAUUCCAAACUGUAUAUUGGAGCCAAACGGACUGCCAACCCUCCUCACAUUUUUGCUGUUGCUGACAUAGGCUAUCAGUCCAUGGUGACAUACAACUCUGAUCAGUGUAUUGUUAUUUCUGGAGAAAGUGGAGCUGGCAAGACACAAAGUGCCCAUCUUCUGGUUCAGCAGCUCACUGUUCUGGGCAAGGCUAAUAACAGGACUCUGCAGGAGAAGAUUCUCCAGGUGAACAACCUUGUAGAAGCAUUUGGGAAUGCAGGCACCAUCAUAAAUGAUAACUCAAGCAGAUUUGGAAAAUAUUUGGAAAUGAAAUUCACUUGUGGUGGCACUGUAGUAGGAGCCCAGAUUUCGGAGUACCUCCUUGAAAAAUCCAGAGUUGUCCACCAGGCAGUAGGAGAGAAAAAUUUCCAUAUUUUUUAUUAUAUUUAUGCUGGUCUCGCUGAAAAGAAAAAACUGGCACAUUAUAAACUGCCAGAAUAUAGACCUCCCAGAUAUCUGCAAAAUGAUCAUUUCAGAAUAGUGCAAGAUUUCAUGAACAAUAGCUUUUAUAAGUCUCAGUUUGAAUUAAUAGAACAGUGCUUCAAAGUCAUAGGUUUUACACUGGAGGAACUUGGAAGUGUGUACAGUGUCCUGGCUGCAAUUUUAAACGUGGGUAACAUUGAAUUUUCUGCAGUAGUAUCUGAACAUAUGAUUGACAAGAGCAACAUUUCCAAUCCAGUAGCCCUUGAGAACUGUGCAUCCCUGCUGUGUAUUCAGGCAGAUGAACUGCAAGAGGCCCUCACCUCUCACUGUGUAGUGACUCGAGGAGAAACAAUUAUUCGUCCCAACACUGUGGAAAAAGCUACUGAUGUCAGAGAUGCCAUGGCCAAAGCACUGUAUGGGCGCCUCUUCAGCUGGAUAGUCAAUCGCAUCAACACCUUACUCAAACCUGACAAACAUUUGAGUGAAAAUGAUGAUGGCUUGAAUAUUGGAAUUCUUGACAUCUUUGGCUUUGAGAAUUUCAAAAAAAAUUCUUUUGAACAACUCUGUAUCAACAUUGCCAAUGAACAAAUUCAAUUCUACUUCAAUCAACAUGUCUUUGCCUGGGAACAGAAUGAAUACCUUUAUGAAGGUGUUGAUGCCAGAGUUAUAGAAUAUGAGGACAACAGGCCCCUCCUAGAUAUGUUCCUGCAGAAACCAAUGGGUUUAUUGUCUCUGCUGGAUGAGGAAAGUCGAUUCCCACAAGCAACAGAUCAGACACUUGUAGAAAAAUUUGAAGAUAAUUUGAAAUCAAAAUAUUUUUGGAGACCCAAAAGAGUAGACCUAACCUUUGGAAUUUAUCAUUAUGCAGGAAAGGUUCUAUAUAAUGCAAGUGGAUUCCUAGCCAAAAAUAGAGAUACUCUACCAGCUGAUAUUGUGCUGCUGCUGCGAUCAUCUGAAAACAAUCUGACACGACAACUGGUAACUCACCCUCUCACAAAAACAGGUAAUCUGGCACACACCAAAAGCAAAACUACAAUCAGUUAUCAAAUGUGGACCUCCCAAAAAUCAAUCAGUCAUACAAAGCUGGAUAUCUUUGUGUUGUGCAAUUCAUAUUCCUUCCGUGAGAAUGAAGCAGGAGAUACUGGACAUCAUCCAAGAGAAACAACCAGCAUGAAAACACAGACAGUUGCUUCUUAUUUUAGAUAUUCUCUGAUGGAUUUGUUAUCCAAAAUGGUUGUUGGCCAGCCUCAUUUUGUCAGGUGCAUCAAGCCAAACAACGACCGGCAGGCAAACAAGUUUGACAAAGAAAAGGUGUUGGUUCAGCUGCGUUACACGGGAAUUCUGGAGACAGCACGGAUUCGAAGACAGGGUUAUUCACAUCGUAUACUCUUCGCUAACUUCAUAAAACGGUAUUACCUCAUCUGUUACAAAACAAAUGAUGAUCCUCCAGUCAGCCCGGAGACCUGUGCUGCCAUCUUGGAAAAAGCCCACCUUGACAACUGGGUUCUUGGAAAAACUAAAGUAUUCCUCAAAUACUAUCAUGUGGAGCAGCUCAAUUUGAUGCGGAAGGAGACAGUUGACAUGAUUAUUUUAAUUCAAGCUUAUGUCAGAGGAUGGCUGGGUUCAAGGAGAUACAAAAAGAUAAAGGAACAAAGGGAACAAAGUGCUAUUAAAAUACAGUCAGCUUACAGGGGGUUUGUUGCUCGUAAAGAAUACAAAAAUGCAAAGCAUAAUAAAAAAGUGGAAGAAUAUAUUACCAAAUUUCAAGCAAUUGCCAGAGGAUACUUACUCAGGAAGAAGAGAAAAGAACUAACUGAAGCAAGAAACAAAGCAGCAAUAACAAUUCAGUCUCACUACAGGGGAUAUAAGGAGAGGAAGGUCUUCAAAAGCAGGAGGGAAUCACUUAAAAAUCAAGAAAUUGAAAAUGCAGCAACAAUUAUCAAGAAGGAAAAUGAGGAAGAACUUCAAGAUCCUGAGGAAAGUCCAACUGAAGUGGAAAGUGCCCUCCCUAGAGAAGAAGAAGAAGAAGCUGCUGCCAUAGCAGAGGAUGAAUUAUCUGCUGUGGAAUUCCUUGAAGCACAACUGCAGCCAGCUCAAAAUGAUGCUCUGGAAGAAGUGGCAAGUGAGGAGACUCAAGAUGAACCUGAUGCUGUGACUGACAGCAAGUGCUCUGGGUACAGUGACACGGGGAAUGUAGAGGAGCAACAGCAAACAUCUACUGAAGGAGAGGCAACGUCUGUGAAGCAGAACCUGGCAGUAGAAGAGGUUAGUGAAGGUGAAGAGCAGGACUUUUUGGAAGAGUUACCCAGCAAAUCUUCUGUCAGAACCUCAGCUGAACAUAGACCCCAGCAAGAGCAAGAUAACCAAAUCACACUCAGUGCAGACUGGCAAAAUCAAGAAUCUGCUGUGGUCCAGCACAGAACUGACAGAGAUGUGGAAAGAAACCACCUAAACAGUGAAGUUGUGAUGCCUACAGGAGGUAAAGGAGUCAUAAGAAAAGAGUCGCUAAGAAGAGGCUCAUGGAAGCAAGCUGAGGCAGAAAAACAAGGUUCAGAAGACAAAGAGAAGGCAGCAGUAGUAAUUCAGAGCAAUUACCGGGGUUACAGAAGGAGAGGACAACUCAGAAAAGAAGGGAAACUGCCUUGCAAAAGUCAAGAGAAAACAGUAAAGGAGACAACAGAAGCAAUACACUUUCAAAAUAACAAUCCCCAAACAACAAAAGGUAGGGAAAGCACCUGUACAGAGGCUGGAGACUCUGAGACACUGAAGGGAGACUCAGAGAAAGAGGCUUGUGAUUUGGCAGCCUUUUCAAGACAGAUAUCAAAAUUAUCUGAAGACUACUUAGCAUUGCAGCAAAAACUGAAUGAAAUGAUACUGUCCCAUCAGCUGAGACCUGUGAUGAUGUCCAAAGAUAAGCAAACUAAUGGCCGACUUUCUUCUCAUGUUUGCCAGUCAGUUGUGGCCAGAGUAGAAGACUCUCGCCCAAUGCAGAGACCCCCCAGAAGGCCACGGAAGCCCAAGACAUUAAAUAAUCCAGAAGACUCCACCUACUACACUCUAAUACAUAAAUCUAUACAAGAUGAAAAACGGAAACCAAGAAAAGAAAGUCUGAGCAAAGUGCUAGAUUUAGAUAUCUACUACCAAGAAAUUUCAUCUACUGAUUCCAGCUCCAAGGACAGCAGUUCUACCACAAGAAGGAAGAGAUACCCAAUUGAGCGCAGGACUUCCAUUUUACGAGCUACUGAGCGGUCGAGGGUUGCAGAAAGACCCCUGGAAGAGAGCAGAGCCGAAGAUAAUCCCUAUGACUACAGACGACUGCUGCGGAAGACCUCACAGCGCCGGCGCCUUAUCCAGCAGUUCUAGCUGCUGCUGCUGUGUCUGCUGCCAUUUGGCUUUUAUUAGCGUAAUUUUUUUAUCAUUUUAUACCAUGUGUUUCUUCUUUUUUUUUUUUCUAAUCCUCAGUGUUUCAAGUUUAUGUGUGUGUUCAUGUGAAUACAAAUGACUGUGGUUUACAGCCCAACACCAUUGCAAAGGGACACUGUCAGUCACAAUCCAUAUUCUUCCCUAAUAUAAAAAUAAGCUUUUUUCGUGUACUAUUGCUACAUCCUAACAUUAUUAAACAGCUUAAAUCUAGUUUGCUUUCCUCAGUGCAUAUUUCUUCUUUUCCAUUUCAUCAGACUCAUCCAAUCAAAAUAUUAAUUUACUUUCUAGUUCCUAGUUAAGCUUUCAAAUUUCCA